UAUAGCCUCGCGCUUUCUCGCCUGCUCAGUGCACACCGCAGUGAUACUGUCUUGUGUUGUGCCUCCCGCUCGAUUUCAGCCAUCCAGCGGAUGCCUCAUCUCUCCUCCAGCACACACUGCAAAUGGUUCACAUCCGUCUGUUGCCGCUCUUGGGAAUGAGAAGACUAUUUUUUUCUCACUAAAUCACGGAUUGAAGGCAGGGUGUCCAGGAGAAGAACAUCGUUCGCCAGGACGUUAUUGUAAUUGUCAUCUUGGCUUAGACGGCGAGUAAUGCCAGUUCCCGAGCAGCCAUCCGACGCUGAAAAGUCCGCCCCACCGAACCCCGUUCUUUCCGCCUCCAACGGCGACGGCUCUGAGAAAGAGACCACCUCCGCCAUCUUGGCCUCAGUCAAAGAGCAGGAGCUGCAGUUUGAGCGGCUGACUCGCGAGCUGGAGGCGGAGAGGCAGAUCGUGGCCACACAACUGGAGAGAUGCAAACUGGGAACUGAGACCGCAGGCAUGAGCAACAUCAGUUCAUCAGAUGAGCAGUAUCGCUGGAACACUGAAGAUGGACAGGAAGACAUCGAGGAAGAGCUGAGCACUGGCCUGGAGCUGGUCGACUCGUGCAUCAGGUCUCUCCAGGAGUCGGGGAUUCUCGACCACCAGGAAUACACCAGUGGCGAAAGCGCAGGACCGAGCUUUCUCUCCCAGAGCUCGCUCCAGCUCAACGCUACUCCGGACGCCGCCGCACUCCACUUCUCUGCAGGCUACCAUAGUAACCAGACCCUCGCCCUGAGCAGCGACACCUCGGCGGCGGCAACUGCCUCAGCAUCAGGACCGACUCCAGAUCAGCAGCAGCAGAGGCAGCCACCAGUUCCGCCGAUUCGCAGCGUGCAGGUUGGAGGAGCCGUUCACAGCUACAACCAGGUCACCUCCAACCGUGCCGCCCAGCUCGCCGCCGCCGGCGACUCGGCCCAGGCCCGCGAGUCGGCAUCUCCGAGCCAUGGCAGCGCGUUCCACCUGCCGGAGUCCCAGCAGCCUUCGGUGGGCCUGUACUACUCCAGCAGCACCCUGCCGGCGCAGCGCGUGAGCUCCCCGCUCUCCAUGCAGGCCGUGGGCUCGUCCUCGCCCACCAAGCUCCAGCUGCAGCAGCGCCUGGGCUCUGUGUCGGACGCCGCCGCGCCCAGCUACGCCACCAUCCAGCGUGCCCCGCCGUCCUCCACCUCCUCCUCCUCCUCGCCCAAGCAGUCGCCGGCGCGCCUGGCCAAGUCCUACAGCUCCAGCUCGCCCAUCAACGCCGGCCACCACCACCACUCGUCCCCCUCGCCACUGCGCGUGGCCUCGCCGCCCAACAGCGUGGGAGGAGCGGGCGGCGGAGGGGGAGGGGGAUCCUCGUCCUCGCCCAUCCACCAGCUCAGCGCGGGAGUGGCCAGCUACGCCACGCUCUCGCCCACCAAGCGCUCGCUGCACUCCUCGGACCAGUACAAGAUCUCGCACGAGCUCUACGCCACCGCCACCCUCCAGAGGCCCGGCAGUCUCGCUGGCUCUAGGGGCUCCUACAGCAGUCAGCACAGCCACCUGGGACCUGACCUUCGACCCCUACAGUCCCCAGAGCACCACAUCGAGCCCAUCUACGAGGACCGUGUCUACCAGAAGGGGCCGAUGAGGAGCCUCAGUCAAAGUCAGGGGGAGCCACUCCCUCCUGGACACACAGGAACCUACCGCACCAACACCGAACUAGUCAACCAGUUCUGCGAUCAGGUCCUGAACUUUCUGCUCUGUCCCUACUUUCCUGCCUUAGCCCCGUCCUCCCCCGGUGUUGACUCCGCUCCCUUGCAGCGCACGGCCAGCCAGAACGCCACGGGCACAUACCCGCGCAGCGCCAACUACGCCGCCGGGCCCGCCACCGCCAACUACGGCGACCCCUACCGCACCCUGCAGUACUGCUCGUCCGUGGAGUCGCCCUACAGCAAGUCGGGCCCCGCCCUGCCGCCCGAGGGCUCCCUCGCCCGCUCGCCUUCCAUCGACAGCAUCCAGAAGGACCCCAGGGAGUUUGGCUGGCGAGACCCAGAGCUGCCUGAGGUCAUUCAGAUGCUCCAGCACCAAUUCCCAUCGGUCCAGUCCAACGCUGCAGCCUACCUGCAGCACCUGUGCUUUGGAGACAACAAGAUCAAAGCAGAGAUCCGACGGCUGGGCGGUAUCCAGCUGCUGGUGGACCUACUGGACCACCGGAUGCCUGAGGUCCACCGAAGCGCCUGCGGUGCUCUGAGGAACCUGGUCUACGGCAAGGCCAACGAUGACAACAAGAUCGCCUUCAAGAACUGCGGAGGCAUCCCUGCCCUGGUGCGACUGCUGCGGAAGACCUCCGACGUGGAGGUCAAAGAGCUGGUCACAGGCGUGCUGUGGAACCUGUCCUCAUGCGACGCCCUGAAGAUGCCCAUUAUCCAGGACGCGCUGGCAGUCCUUACCAACUCGGUCAUCAUCCCCCACUCAGCCUGGGACGCCUCCCCGCACCAGGAGGACCGCAAGCUGCAGCUGCACACCUCACAGGUGCUGCGCAACGCCACCGGCUGCCUGAGGAACGUGAGCUCAGCAGGGGAAGAGGCUCGUCGGCGGAUGCGCGAGUGUGAGGGCCUGACGGACGCGCUGCUCUUCGUCAUCCAGACCUCUCUGGGCAGCACCGAGAUCGACAGCAAGACCAUAGAGAAUUGUGUGUGCAUCUUGAGGAACCUCUCGUAUCGGCUGGCUGCGGAAACCUCUCAGGGACAGCAGAUCGGCACGGACGAGCUCGACGGCCUGCUCUGCGGCGACUCCAACGGCAAGGACGGCGAGAGCUCGGGCUGCUGGGGCAAGAAGAAGAAGAAAAAGAAGCCCCAGGAUCAGUGGGAUGGUGUGGGUCCCAUGCCGGACGCGGCGGACCCCCCCAAAGGGAUCCAGAUGCUGUGGCACCCCUCUAUAGUGAAGCCCUACCUCACGCUGCUGUCUGAGUGCUCCAACCCAGACACGCUGGAGGGGGCGGCCGGAGCGCUGCAGAACCUGGCAGCGGGCAGCUGGAAGUGGUCAGUGUACAUCCGUGCGGCGGUGAGGAAGGAGAAGGGUCUUCCCAUCCUGGUGGAGCUGCUGCGCAUCGACAACGACCGAGUGGUGUGCGCCGUAGCGACAGCUUUAAGAAACAUGGCCUUAGAUGUGAGAAAUAAAGAAUUAAUUGGCAAGUAUGCCAUGCGGGACCUGGUCCAUCGCUUACCAGGCAGCACCAGCAACAGCUCCAGUGGUGGUGGUGGGGGCGGCGGGGGCACGAGUGGCAGCAGCGGUGGAGGGGGCACUGCCAACAGCAGUGGGAGUAAAACCAUGUCGGACGACACGGUGACAGCCAUCUGCUGUGCACUGCACGAAGUCAUCACGAAGAACAUGGAGAACGCCAAAGCACUGCGCGACGCAGGCGGCAUUGAGAAGCUCAUCGGCAUAGCUCGCAGCAAAGGAGACAAGCACUCGCCAAAGGUGGUGAAAGCUGCAUCACAGGUUCUCAGUAGCAUGUGGCAGUACAGGGAUCUGCGGAGUCUCUACAAAAAGGAUGGCUACUCACAGUAUCAUUUUGUGGGCUCUGCCUCCACCAUCGAGCGAGACAGGCAGCGGCCGUACUCUUCCUCACGCACCCCCUCCGUCUCGCCCGUGCGGACGUCUCCCAACAAUCGAUCGGCCAGUGCCCCCGCCUCGCCCCGGGAGAUGGUGAGCCUCAAGGAGCGCAAGACCGACUACGAGUCCACUGGCACCAACGCCAGUUACCAUGGAAACAAAGGCGAGCACACAUCCAGGAAAGACGCCAUGGCAGUGCAAAUCUCCUGUGGAACUUCCACGCUGUACCAGAACGCCUACACAGCUUCUAAUGAAGAGCUCAAACACAACCAGGUUACCGCUGCGCAACCUGCCCCUCAGGAGAGCGUUGUCCGCAAGGACUACGAGACGCUCCCGCCCUUCCAAAACUCCACGCGGAGCUUUGAGGAGGCGUUCCUGGAGGACCAGGUGCACCGUGCCGCACCUGCCGCGGAUCUCAGUAUGCACCUGGGCCUCAAGUCGACCGGGAAUUAUGUGGACUUCUACUCUGCCGCCCGGCCCUAUAGCGAACUCAACUAUGAGACGAGUCACUACCCAGCCUCGCCAGACUCCUGGGUCUAGGGUCUUGGGAGGUUGUGUGUGGGUUUUGUGUGUAUGUGUAUGUUAGUGUGUUUGUGUGGCCAGGGUCGGGGAAUGGUUGUUGGGUGUUUGCGGGUGAGAGAUGCUGAGCACAGGACCAAUCGACUGGUCUUGACAGGUGGGGAAGAGAGGGGGGGUGGCUGACUGUGCAUGUGCAUGCCACAAAACAUUGUUUGUUGAGUUCAGUUUGUUCAAAGCUGGUUUUCCUGGAGUUUGGGCUUCAAGCCACAGUUUAGAAGUCAAGUGAUAUCAGUGAGUCUAGAUGUGCAUGAAGGCAAAUCGAGAUUUUCAGGAGAGGUGGGAAAGACAUGAGCAGAUGAGACAUAAGAAAAGGCACUUAGUAUGAGAGUAGAGUCAUGAGGACAUCCCGUUGACGUAAUGAAGAUAAAGAGAGAAUGACAUGAUGGUAGUACUGCAGCGGAAAAAGUGAGACGAAGCACAAGAAAAUGAGUUGUUUACAAGAUUGGUGGGAACAGCAUUUCACCGUUUCUUUCUUUUUUUUGUACACCAUUCCUUUGAGAGGUGAAAUAAGGCUUCAUCUUAAACUGAUGGAAUGUCAAUCUGUACAAGAAGGUUCUUCCCCAAGCCUUUUUGCUCUAUAUUUUUGUCUUUUUAAUUUUUGAUUUGUACUUUUUUAAUUUGUUGAUGUAAAGUAUUUGGUGUACAUUGCAGAGAUACAAGUGCAUUGUGUAUAUUACACGGAUGCCACGGUCAUCCAGUGGCUUUGGACAUUGUUUAUGGUACAAAAGUAAAGAAAAAAAAGACUUCAAAAUAUGUAUCAAUCAUCAAUGUCCCCUUUCCAGACAAAAGUAUGUUUUAACAGCAAGAAGGACAUGCAUAGCAGUAUUGUUUGUUCUGAUAAUGUGAGUUUGUGGCAACUAAACAAAUGUUUGAAGCA